AUGAGCUACACUCCGUUAUAGUAGGAAGAAAUUAGAGCGAUUUAUCAAAGAAAUCAAUAACUUGAGAUGCAAGUUAAAGCUUCUCUUAAUGAAGUAUAAUAACUUAAUCAAAGACUAUAAAUGUAAGAACAAGCUUUCAAAUAAUCAUAAUUAUAAUUGAAUUAACAAUUACAAAAGGUUUCAUAAGAUUUAUCCAUUAAAACUUAGUAGUUUACUAAUUCUGAAUAACAAUUCAAAAGACAAUUAGAUCAUGCUAAUGAAUAAUUGAAUAUCGUUAAAUAAUAAUAUCAAUUGAGAGUAGACUAAUUAUCAUAAGAAUUGAAACUAAAAACCACUGCCUUUGAUAAAACAUCAAAUGAAUUGUAGGCUGCAAAACAUGAAAUUUUGUUGUUAUAGAAAAAUGCUGAAAAUUUGAAUGUAGCCAAAUCCUAACAACUUGUUUAAUAAGAUGCUAAUGCCAAAAGAGUCAUAGAUGAUUUAAAUGAUAAAUUGAGAACAAUUUCAGUCUAAUCUCAAAAAUAAAUAGAACAAUUACAUUAAGAAUUGGUUAUUAAAAAAUAAGAGAUUGAUCAACUUAAUAAAGAUCUUACAUCUAAAAAGAAUGAGAUCUAUCAAUAAUAAUAAAAAAUAGAAACUUCAAAUAUUGCUAAAAACAAUUAGAUAUCUUAAUUAGAAGCCUUGUCUAAAAAACAAUUACAAGAAUAUAAUGAUAAACUUAAUCAAUUUUAAUCUUAAGCAUAAAUGAGGAUUGAUUAACUUAAUCAAGAAAUUAGUAAUAAAACUGCUUUGCUUGAAAAGGCUAAUUAGGAAAUAGUACAAAAGAAAUAAGAAAUUUAAGCUAAUAAUUAACAUUUUGAAUAAGUUAGCCAUCAAUAUUAAUAAAAAAUAUAGGAAAUGAUGGGAAGAUUAAAUGAACUUUAAUUGUAAGCAGAGAAAGAAUAAAAUCAAUUUGGAAGAACAAAAGAAGAUUUCUAAGUAAAAGUUUAGAAUCUUUCAAGAGAUUUAAGUAUUUAAUAAUAAUAAAGUACUUAAUUUGCAUAGGCAAUGUAAAAAGAAAACUAAUAAUUAAAAUAAGAAAUUAUUAAUUUACAAUAAUAAAUAGCUCAAAAACAUUAAUAAUUUAGUGAAUAAAAAUCAUAAGCAGAUGCAUAAAUUAAUAAAUUGAAUAUAGAAAUAAGUAAAUUGAAGACUGAUUUAGCUGUUAAGUAAUAAUAACUAGAAUCAAGUGAGUAGUAAUUUAAUUAAUAUAAGAGUACAACAACCAAAUAAAUAGACUCGAUGAUUUAAUAGUUCGAAUAAAGGUAAGGUGAAAUUCAUAAAGAUAAUGAAGUCUAAUCAAAUAGAUUACUUUCUUAAAACAAAUAAAUGCUUGAUAAAACAGUAGAAGAGCACAAAAAAUAAUUAGCAUAAUUAGAUAAAUUUUGGAAUGAUAAGUAUAAGUAGUUGAGUGAUUAAGGAUAGCAGGAUUCAUAAAGAAUAACUCAGUAAUAUUUAACCAUUAUUGCUGAAAAUGAAAAAAAGUUUUAGAAUCUUUUUAAAAAUUAGGAGUAAUCCUAUUUAUCUUAAUUGGUUGCAUAGGAAUAACAUUUUCAAUUGCAAAUAGAUUAAUUAUCAAAUUAAUUAAGGUAGGUGAGUGGUGAAAAGGAAUCUUUACAUACAUAAUUAGUAACUGCAUAAGCUUAGUUAAGAGAUUUUGAUUAAAAGGUUCGAGAAUUACAUUAACAUGGUUAGACAAAAUCAGAGUAGGCUUAUUUGUAGAUAAAUGGAUUGUAAAGUAGUAAGGAAGGUAAAAUAUAAAAUUGAUUAUAUUAGAAUUGUUUGCAUUUAUAAAAGAGAAACAAAUUGAGUAUGAUGCGAAAGUGUUUGAAUUGUAAUAAUAAUUGUAAAGUUUGGGUGGUAAUAAGGAAGCAUUAGAGAAAGAAUUAAGUUUAGAGAGAGUAGCUAAAGAAGGUUUGAAAAAGGAGAUUUUAUAAAUAACAAAUUAAUAAAAGAUGAAAGAUACAGAUAUUAGAAAUGAAAUUACUGUAAAGAAUUCAGAAAUAAUUAAAUUAAAUAAAGAAGUUGAAAGAUUAGAUGGUUUAUUUAAAUAAGCUACACUUGAAUUAAAAAGAAUAAAUGAGUAGAAUGAAGAUUUGAAAUUGAUUGAUGAUUUUUAAUUAAAGGAAAAAGAUUUGGAGAUCUCUAAAUUUAAAUAGAUUGAGAUUGAAUUAAAGAAUAGAAUUUAAUAACUCUAAAAACAAUUAUCAAAUUAAGAAUGGUAAUUAUCUUAAGAGAAUAUAAAAUUGAAAUAAUAAGUUAAAGAUCUAAAUAAUGAUAUUAAUAUUUUAAACACAAGAAUUAAUAUGCUCAAAACACAAAAUAAGGAUGAAUCAGAGAGGUUCUAGGAUUUAUUAAAAUCUCACGAUGUUGAACUUGAGAGUUGGGCAGAAAGAUACAAAGAUCAAUAAUAAUAAAUAGAAACUAUGGCAUAAUAAUUAUUUGCAGCAUAAUAAUAAACAAAAUAUAAAGAAUAGAUUAUAUUAGAAUAUGAUAAACUAAAACAAGAUUUUGAUUUAUUGAAUAAACAAUAUCAAGCUUUAUAAGAGAAUAGUUUAAGGAAUAGUAAUAUUAAGGAAAAUGCUAAAAAUGUGGAAAUAUAAUAAUUGUAAGAACAUUAUGAAUAGUAAGUAAUUUAACUUUAAAAAGAAAUAGAAUAAAUGAGGGAAAAUAAAAUCAAUGUAAGAUAAGAUGCUUCAGUAAUUGAUUUUAGUGUGCAAAUUACUGCAUUAAAUGAUCAAUUAAUGAAGAAAAAUAAUGAAAUCACUAAUAUUAGAAUGCAGGCCAAUAGAACUAUUAUGGAAAAAGAUAAUUAAAUUAUAUAAUUAUAAGAACAUUUAGAAGAAUUAAUCUCAAAAUUUGAUAUUAUUGAACGUAAUCAAACAAAUUAGGCUGAAGCUAUUGAAAAAGCAGAAAAUUUAGAAUUAAUCAUGAAUGAAAAGGAUAAGUUUAUUAUUUAACUAAAAAAAGAAUUAUAGAAUCACAAAGAUUAAAUUUUAGAACUAGAAGAGUAAUUAAAAAUUAGACAAAAUUCUCUUGAUAUGAUAUAAUAAUAAGCUUCAUUAAUUUCUGAACUUAAAUCAUAAGUAGAAAAAAGAUAAGGAGAGAAUCAAAAUGUUGCUUAACUCAAACCAGUAUAAUAAUGUUUUACUAAAAGUAUUAGAAGUUCAACUCAUCGAAUGAGUGGAAAAAAAAGUUAAGUUGAAGAACCUUAAUAAGAAAUCAUUUCUUAUGUUUAAAACAUGAAUGAAAUCUCAUUUAAAUUAUAAUCUACUAAUUAACAAAUUAUUUCAAUUGUAUAACCUCAAAUUAGCGAAACAAAAUAAAUAUUGAGAUAAUCAUAAGAGGAAUAACAGUAGAAAAAUCUAUUAAAUCAAUCUAUUAUGAUCUUAUAGUAGGAAUUGAAAUAAACUAAAUUAAAUUUAUAAAGUGAAUAAUAAGUUUCUACUCAAUUAAGAUAGGAUUUAUCGUAAGCUAAUUCCAAAAUUGAACUAUUGUAACUUGAACUAUCCUAAAUGAAAAAUUCAUCAUAAUAAAAUGGUAUUACUAUUUUACUUACUUUUAGAUAUUUAAAUUAAUGAAAGAUUAAACACAAUGAGUUUGAAAACUUAUGAGUCCAAUAUGUAAAAUUUACAAUCUGAAAAUCAUGAUUUAUAAUAAAAAUCCGAAGAAUAAGAAUAGUAAUUGAAUAAUUAAGCAUAAAGAAUUAAUGAACUUUAAAAUGAAAUAAAAAAACAGAGAGAGUACAUAUAAGAAUUGAAUGAUUCAUAAAAUGCUAAAGAUAAUUAAAUUUUUGAGCUAAAAAGUAUUAUUGAUAGAUUAUAAAAUAAUCUUAAAUCUGAAUAAUCCAUUGUUAGAUAGAAGUAAUCUGAAGUUAAAUAAAUAACUUAUUAAUAAGAAUAAAUAUAAUAAAUGCUCUAAUAAGAAUAUCAGGACAUAAAGAAAAACAAUAAUGAUUUAUCAUAAUAAAAACUGAAAUUAGAAUUAGAGAUUUAAGAAUUAAAAUCAUAAUUAUAAUAGGCUUAAGUCACAGAGUAACUUUAUGAAAGUAAAAUUACAAAAUUAAAUACAGAAGUAACUUAAGUAAGAGAGAAACUUGUAAAAUUUGAGUAAAUUUAAAUUGAGUAAAAUAAGACAAUAAUCAAUUAAAAUAUAUAAUUAUAAUAUUAAUAACAGAUAGAAGAGUUAUCAAUUAAAUUAGAAAAAUAAUAAUAAUUAAGUAAUUAAAAUUAAUAGUAAUUAAAUAACCAAUUAUAGAUUCUCAAUGAAUAAUAUUAAAAUAUUCUUUUCAAAUUUGAAAGUAGUUAAGAAUAAGUUAAAUCUUUAUAAAACAGUCUUGCACAAUAAAAGUAAUAAUAUUUAAGUGAUAUGAAUGAAAAUUCAUAGAUACUUUCUUUAAGAAAUUAAGAAAAUUAAAAUUUAAAGAUGUAAUUAGAACAUUUUAAUCAAUAAUUGAAUGCAUACAAAGAAUCUAAAACUGAUGUUUAGAAAUGGUAGAACCAAGUAGAAAUAUUGCAAAAGCAAUUGCGUGAAGAAAAACUAUAAUAAUAAGAGUAAAUUAUUAAUUAUAUAAUAUUAGCUUGAAUAACUAAUUGUAAAAUUAAUUAUUUUAAUUUUAAUAAUCAAAAAGAGAAUGGUAAGACUUAAUAUAAAAAUUAAAGGAGGACAAUAAUUAAUUAUAAACAAAUUUGAAUAGAGUUUUAACAGCUAGAUCAGACAAAGAAUGUAUCGAUACCCAUUAAUAAAACUAAAACAUCCAAAUAACAACAAAUACAAUUAAAACUUAGUAAUUCAAAAGCAAUACUUCUGAAUUAUCUUAAGAAAAAAUAUUGAUAGAGUUAUAAAUAGCUUAAGAAGAAAAUGUUAAAUUAAUUAGUUAAUUGCAAGUGUUAUAAUUAAAUAACAAAUAAUUAAAUAAAGAGAUUUAAGAUUUUGAUGAAAAAUAAAAAUAAUUAGAGAAUAGAUACAAAGAUUAAUAUUUGAGAACUUAAUUGGAGCAUGAUCUUUCGUUUAAAAAAAUAGAAUAAGAAAAUGUGAGAUUAAUAAGUUAAGUUGAGGUUUAUUAGAAAAAAUAAUAGUAAUAAGAAGUUUUGAUUGAUGAUUAUUUAGCUUAGAUUGAAAAGCUUAAUAUCAUAAAUAAUUAAAUUUAGCAGUAAUUAUUAUUAGUACAAAAAGAUAACUCUAAUUUUUAUAAGGAUUAAGAUAAAUAGAUAUAUAAAUUAAGUGAAUUAAAUUAGUAAUUGAUGACUUAAAUAACUCAACUGAAUAAUUAAAAGAGUACAGAUUAAUUGCAAAUCAAAGAUUUAAUAAUUAUUAAGUAAACUUUAGAUGAAUAAUUGGGUAAACAUUCAGAAGAAAUAAUUUCUCUGAAUGAAAGAUUGAAAGAGUUAUCAGAUUAGAAUACUUAAAUUACACAAAUGAAUUCAGAAUAUCUUAAUUAGAUUACUGGAUUAUAAGUGUAGAUAUCUGAGUUAUAAAAUAAAGUAACUCAAAAUAUUUAUGAAAAUAAGCCAAGAUAUAGUGAUUAAUAGCCUAGACAGUCUACUUCAAAUAACAGUAGAUAAAUUGAAGAAUUAAAUAGUAAGAUACUAAGUCUUAAUAAUUAAGUCAAUUUAUUAAAUCAACAGAAAUUUUAAAUUUAAUAAGAAUUGAUUACAGUAAGAAAACAGUUAUAGAAUGAAUAAGACGAUAAAUUAUCUCAGUAAUCUCGAUAAACUAAAACUAGUUCAUAUAAAAUAAUUAGUGAAAUGGAAGAUAGAAUUAGGUAAUUGUAGUAAUAACUUGAAAAUGAGAAAUUAGGUAAAUCAAUGAAUAAUGGUGAUAUUGAAUUGAAAAACAAAUAAAUUUUGAUUUUAGAACAAAAUAAUAGAAAAUUAUAAUAAUAAUUGGAUUAAUUAAAUUUAUAAAUGGAAGAUGAGAAAAUUCUGCUUUAUAAAGAGAUUGAUUAAUUGUCUGAAUAGAAUAAAAGAACAAAAUAAUUAAAAAAUACUGAGUAAGAUAUUGAAUAUAGAAAUUCAAUUAAAUAAAAGGAAAACAUAUAAUAAGAAUUAAUCUAAGCAAAUUAAUUAAUAAAAAAAUACUAAACUCGUAUAACUAAUUUGGAGAAUUAAAUAACAAAAUAGACAAAUGAUUCAUCAGAUCUAUAAAAUAGAUUUAUUAUAGAUUUAGAAGAGAAACUUAAAUUAAAUCAACGUAAAUAUGAAAAUGAAAUUAAGGAACUUAAGUAUGAAAAGCAAUCUCUUAAUUAAUAAUUAGAAAAAAUUUAAUACGAAUUAAAAGAAAUCAAAUCUAAAUAUCAUGUUGAAUUAGAAUAAAACGAAUAAAAAUUGUCAAAAGAAAAUUAAAGAUUCUCUUUAUAAUUAAAUGAUAAAGCAGCUUAUUUGAGCUAAUUAGAAGUGAAAAAUAGAUAGAUGAAGGAAGAAAUUUUGAUUUAAUAAGAAAAAUAUGAUUAAAAAUUAAUGUAAGCAAAUGAGAAAAUUAAAGAGUUAACUGAAGAUUUAGAGACUAUGAUAGAAAAUUAUAAAAAGGAAAAAAAUGUAAAUUUUUUUAUUAAUUAAAUUAGUUAAAUUAGAAAUGGGAAAAAUAAAAUGAAGAGCUACGGAAAUAAUUAUAAUCAUCUGUUGAUGACAUUCAUAUUAAAACAGAAAGAAUGAGUGUAGAAAGAUUAUCAUUAGACACUAAAAGAUAAAUAGAGUAAGUUUAAUAAUAAUUAAAUAAUGAAAUAAAUACAUUGAAACAAGAAAUUAAAUCAAAAAAUGAGCAAAUUAAUUAGUUAAAAUAUACCAAUCAAUCUCUUUAAUAAAAAAUCAAUAAAUUUGAAACAUAUAUUCAUGAUUUAGAAGAUUAAUUACAAUAGUUUUCAAGCAAAGAAGAACAAUUAUUAAUGUAAUUGAAUUAAUCAAAAAAUUAAUCUUUGGCAGAUUCCUUAAACGUAAAGGUUAUGACUUUAGAAAAUAAUCUUGUAAGAGCACAAAAAAAAGAGGAAUAAUUAUUACAAAAAAUAAGAUUAUUAGAAAAUCAAUAAACUUCACUUCAAAAUAAUUCAGAAUAUAAAAAUUUGUAAACAAAGAACAAUAAUAUGUUCGAAGAAAUCUAAAUUUUGGUUUAAACAAUUAAAAAUUAAGAUCAAGAAAUUGAAAAUUUAAAGAAUGAGUUAAUGUCAUAUCAAAGAGAAGUAUCAUUUAUGAAAGAGGUAGUUAAAGAGGAUACUAGUAGAUUAGAAUCAUCAGUUUUAGAUGAUAAAAAUAGAAGAAUAGUAGAAUUAGAGAAUAAGUGUGCAUUACUUGCUAAUGAAAACACAAGACUUAAUUAAUUAAAGGUAAAAGUUUAUCAUAUAUUUUUAGAUGAAAUAAAUUGAUGAAUGGAAAACAAAAUAUGAUAAAUUACAAUUAGAAUUAGAGAAAAGCUUAAAUAUGAAAGGUUGGGAUGAUCAAUCAAGGAAUAUUGUAAUGUCUAGUAAUUUUGGAUAUUUAUCCAAAAUAAAAUGA